AUGCGUCUGUAUAUCUCGAGCCUCGUCUCUGUGCUGCUGCUGCUCGGCUUUCCAUUCAUCAUGACUGAAGUCGUCGAUUCAUUCAGUAAAUGCAGUCAGUUUUUCUUAAAUGAACAGCCUCCAGUGAUUCCUGGCAUGUUGGAGAAUUCAGUCUCAAAGAAAACAAACUACACCUUGAUCUGUCAAAAGUAUGAGAAAGUGUACACAUUUGCAACAUUGUAUGACACAGCAAACAGAAUCCCUGUUUUCUCAGCUUAUAAAUUCACUGGGAAUAAAUCGGGGAGACCAGAAACCCCAUGGAAGAUUGAGCGUCAGCUCGAACCCUCUGGUGCUGACAUGAAGGUGCCAUUUGUCAAACAGGCAAGCGACAGCGACUACACUAACAUCAAGCAUACGGGCCUGAAUCGUGGUCACUUAUUUCCUAACUGUCACGCAGCUGAUGACCUCACUGCUAAAUCUACAUUCACACUGACCAAUGUUGUGCCACAGAAGCAGAGCUUUAAUUCUGGCAGUUGGAGUCGCAUGGAAGACACUGUUAAAAGGUUCAUGAAUGAUUACUGCCGUGACAAAACGGAAAAUAACAAAACCUCAGCCUAUGUGCUGACAGGAGCUGUACCUGGCAACAAUACACUGAAGAAGAGAGUCAACAUUCCCUCGCACAUGUGGACGGUGGUUUGCUGCUAUCACAAAACAAAUAAGACAUUUAUUUCCAAAGCUCAUUGGGCCAAAAAUGAGGAUGACGUUAAACAUGUUACAAUAACCAAAGAAAUAACCCUGGAUGACCUAAAGAAAAACUUGAACAGUACCUGGCCAAACAUAACACUGUUUAACAGCUGUGUGUAAUUUGUCUUUCUAUAAAGAUAAUCCUCUGGACAAGCAAACUAAACCGGACCAUGUAGAUGACCAGGGUCUCUUAUGUGAAUAGCCAGAUGCUUUAAAGGCUAAACAGACUCUUGUAGGCUAAACUACUUGUAAAUUUAAGCUUGAUUUAAAGUGUUAUUAAUAUUUUGUAGAGGAAAAUACUUCGGUAUAAUAGAAUGCAUUUGGUGAACAUGGAAAAAUGCAUAAUGAAAUAAAAGACUAAGAUAGAUUUCUGUAACCUUUUUCCCCAAGUUGCUUUUUUUUUUUUUUUUUUUUCGUGGGGGUGACCAUGUUUUAAAAAUAAAGAAAAUAAAUUUCAAAAAAGAGGAUGGGGGGGUUCGGGUGUCCCAACAGUCCUUGAUUACCAAUCAAGAAGGCAAGAAGGCAUGAAAGCCUUUGCAAGACGUGUUUAAAGUUGUUUUGUGUACACAGAAGCCCAUGCUGUUUCCACUAGGGCUGUGCGAUAUCACCUGGAUCUCACAACGCCGUAAACGCCAAUCAAAUUUUCAAAUAGGGACUAUCUUUAUAAAUAAACCACAGAUUUGAGCUUUAAACAACUAUAUUCUCACCUGAAAACUUUUAAAACUAUAUUUCAUGACACA